AUGGGCGAGCGCCGGGGGCCAGCGGCCCUGCAGGAGGCGGCCGGGCCGGAGCGGAGCUCCUCUCCGAGUGCUGCUGAAAAUGGCUUGGACCCUGACGAGGAGCCUCUUCUCAGAAAAAAUCCCCGCCGGUUCGUCAUCUUCCCCAUCCAGUACCCAGACAUAUGGAAGAUGUAUAAACAGGCUCAAGCCUCCUUUUGGACAGCAGAAGAGGUUGAUUUGUCAAAGGACCUUCCUCACUGGAACAAGCUGAAAGCAGAUGAAAAAUACUUUAUCUCUCAUGUUCUGGCAUUUUUUGCAGCCAGUGAUGGAAUUGUAAAUGAAAACCUGGUGGCGCGUUUUAGUCAGGAGGUGCAGAUCCCAGAAGCUCGUUGUUUCUAUGGCUUUCAGAUUCUCAUUGAGAACGUUCACUCAGAGAUGUACAGCUUGCUCAUAGACACCUACAUCAAAGAUCCUGAGAAAAGGGAUUUCUUAUUUAAUGCUAUUGAAACAAUGCCUUGUGUCAAGAAGAAAGCAGACUGGGCUCUGAAGUGGAUUGAAGACAGAGAAUCCACUUUUGGUGAGAGAGUGGUUGCCUUUGCUGCAGUGGAAGGCAUCUUCUUUUCGGGUUCCUUUGCUGCUAUAUUUUGGCUGAAGAAGAGGGGCCUGAUGCCUGGACUGACUUUCUCCAAUGAACUUAUUAGCAGAGAUGAGGGUCUACACUGUGAUUUUGCUUGUCUAAUGUUCCAUUAUUUAGUGAACAGACCGUCAGAAGAGCGGGUCCGUGAGAUUAUCGUUAAUGCUGUUGAAAUUGAGCAGGAGUUUCUAACAGAAGCAUUACCUGUAGGUCUGAUUGGAAUGAAUUGCACUUUGAUGAAACAAUAUAUUGAAUUUGUCGCAGACCGGUUACUAAUGGAGCUUGGGUUCUCAAAGGUCUUUCAUGCAGAAAACCCUUUUGAUUUCAUGGAGAAUAUUUCUCUGGAAGGAAAAACAAAUUUCUUUGAGAAGCGGGUUUCGGAAUAUCAGCGUUUCGCUGUUAUGGCAGAAACAAUGGACAAUGUCUUCACUCUGGAUGCAGAUUUUUGAUAACUUGGCAAAUGAAUGGUGACUGUUUCCCUCUCCCCGUCUCACUUUCUGCUGUGAAGUUGUCUUCAUUUCCUCUCCUGGAAUUGGAGUCUACUGGGAUUUUUUUCCUGGGUUUUCAUGUUGUUUGUCUGAGGAGUAAAUAUAUUUCUCUCUGUGUCAUUUAAAAAAAAAAAAAGGGGGGUCCUUUUUAAAAAAUUUAUAUGGCUUUUUAAAAGGAUGGCCUUUUUAAGAUUCCCUUGACUCAUCUGCUGUGAUUGCUGUCUUUAAAAAUUACCUGGAUACUACUACUUUUUUAAGACUUUGGUAGCAUUUUAAGAAAGCAAACUGUGUAUUUACCUCAUGUUACGGUUUUUUAAUCUGAAAACCAGAUGAGGUAUCACCCUCUGUAUAUAUGUUGCUAUAAAUUAUUUUCAUGGUUUCUAUUUUCAUGUUUAUAGACUUGGUCUAGAGUAAAAGCUCUUCCCUUUCGUCCUGCUGCAGAUAGAGUAAUAAGUGAAUGUGGGAAGACAUUAAUAAGGUAUGAACUAUAAAAUCUUAUUAAACCCAGGGAUACAGUAUGAUCUCCCCAUUAACCUGGGUUCUGUCUGAAAACGUUUUUACUCUGGUUGCAAACCUGAUGGCUUGGUAGGAGUUUAAAUCAAAUAGAUAUGAUUUUUGUCUUACAGCUGUUAUUGAGCAGGUCAGUGGACUUUGAAUGGUCCUUGAAAAGGCAAGCCUGUUAAUAGUGGAGAAAAACCACAUCCUGUAGUUCUUUGGCUUGUGCUGCCUGUUUUUCCCUGCUUCUCUGAACAAGUGCCUUAUUAAGCAGUCUGUAGUUGCGCUGAGUUGCAAUCGGCAUCUGGCACUGGAACAGCCAGGUCUGGGUGUUGUCUGCCUUCCCUCUGUCAUGCCGGGUGAUCUGAUAUUCUCCCCUUCUCGGUUUCACUUGUGCAUUGAUGGGGUGAGAAGGCAUAUCAUUCCAAGGGAUUAUCCCUUGAGGUGCUACAAACAUACUACUUGGGCUGUAAGGAAGUACCAAUAAUGUAUGAAGGUACUUCAAGUUGCGUGUUUAAUGUGAACCAUUGAAACUGUUGUCACAGAGAGCUUCUGGAGGAAGGUAUUAAACCUUUCAAAAACAAAUCUUGAAGUAGUAUGGAUUAGCAGCAUCUUACAAAGGACUGCUGUUUGGUUUUUGGUAUGUUCCAGUGUGUGCCUGAAAACUUUUUUUAAUUUCUUGAUGUCACAUGCAGAGAAUGGAGCAAUUGAAGAAUGGCUAACAUACUGCAGUGGUACUUGGGAUGGAAGGGAUACUAUUCAGUUGUAGGUGGAUUAUUUGCAAACAGAUAUGCUCAUUUUUUUCAAAGGUGAAGUGAGUGUACAUGAGCUAGACAAAGGGUUCUGCUUUAUUAAACCCAAGCAUUUUUUCAUAAUGUUCAGCAAUUUGUAUAAGAGCUUUUAUAAGUCUUUCUUAUUGUUGCAAACAUCUUGUGCUGCUUUUGAUAUGUCUGGCAUGAGAUGAGCUGACAGCCCAGGGUUAUCAGUGAUGGGGUGGUGUAAGUGCUACUUCCCUGCCAGCCCAGAUCAGCCAUAGCCCUGGGUACCUGAGUUCAAUGAAAUAGGUCCGCUGCCUCAGCGUAGUUCCUAGUGAACAAUUGUCCCUGGUGUAAAAAUAAGCGGCAAAACUGACUCUUUUUGUUUGGUCUCAGUAAAAGAUCAUGAGUAUGUAAUGAGCAUGGAAACAGGACAGCUUUUUUUUCCUAGAGAAGAGCCUGCAUCAUUUGACAUAAGGUACUUGGGGAGGGCAGAGGGGGACCUGGAGAAUACAGAGAAAAGCUGGAACUGGUGUCCCUCACUAACGUCCCGUCCUGCAACUGCAAGAGAACUAUGGACUCGGAGAGAAAAUCCAGCGCCUUUUGGAGAUACUGUGUUGAUGGGGGAGAAAGAGAAACUGUUGUAAAUGGGUCUGUGUUGGAGGAAUGGAACCUAUUUUUAUGUCACUAAAAGUACUAAAAAACAUUUGUUUUGAGUGUUGUGAAUUAAGAUGAGAGUAUACAGAAUAUUCAAAUAUGAAACCCCUAUGUGCUCAGGUUCUGUAAAUGUAUAUGAGAUACCAAAGUCUGGUACAACAGCUCCCACUCCAUUUGUGUGUAAAAUAUGUGUGUAGUUUCAAUAAAACUUGAACAUGGAGAGGAGCAU